ACUCGAUACCAAAAGUAAACAAACAUCUGACGCAAACUUUUAGUCAAUGUAACUUUUAUUACCGAUUUUCGUGAAAAACAGUUAUCACAAUGUCGAGCUCAAACAGCUUAAUACAAAAGAUAUCAGACUAUCUUUGUAAUCGAGAUAAGCAGACUAAUUUCGGAGAAUGCAAACGAUGUGACAAGAAAGUAUAUUGGUCAACCAUAAAAGUUGUUUCCCAUAUAAGAUCAGGACAUUGUAAAGGAACAACUGGUGACGAAAUAAAAAGAUUCAAGGACGAAUUUAUUUACGAUUCGCCCAAAAAUUUAGUUCAUAAAUCAGUAAUCACAAAAAGAUUUAAAGAAUAUUUUGAAACUGAAGGAAUUGGAAAAAGUCCCAAGAAAAGUAAGAAAAAAUCUUCAGCUUCAGCAAAAAAGGUAAAAUCUGAAGAUAUUGAGAGUAUUGAGACUAGCCAGUUUAGCAUAGAUGGAGGUGAAGAAAUUUUGUUUGAAGGAUUUACGUCGGGAACUGAAAACGAAAAUGAGGAUAAAAUGGAAAUCUUAUUUUUAUCAGGAAACGAGCACACAUAUAAUGAAAAACUGGAAGCUGAUUUAACAACACCUAACAAAGAACAAGAAGCUCAAAGCACUUCCACAUCAUCAGUAGAUAUAACUCGGGAAGAUAAAUUUAUAAGAGCAGUCUACCCUCAAUUCAAAGACAAAACAAAACUUCAGCUUAUAGAAGAUAUUUUAGAUUUACGAAGAAAAAACGAACUUUUACAAGCCAAAACAAAAACCUAUGAAAAUACAAUCAAUCGACUAUUAAAUUGAUUUUAUUUUUGUUUAGGCAAUUGUUUCCUCUUCAUUUCAAAUGUUAUUAAAUUUAAAUUAUCAGUAAAAUAUUUUCUUAGAUAUUUUAACGUCUUUUAAUUCAAAUUAAUAAUGAAAUUUUUAAACGCAUUCGAAUAAAUUUUUGUGAACACGUAAACAUUUAAGCCGAAUCUUUUAAUUAAAUUAGAAGCAUUUAAACAUGGAUUCACUUUAUCAUGCUACAAAUAGUAUAAUUCUAGAAAUACAGCAUUGUUUCCAACAAUUGAACACUCCCGGUGCUGACUAUAUUGCCAUUGAAAACAACAUUCUAACAAAGAUUUCUACUGUGAAUGCAAACUGUGAUCGUUUAGACGUUUUGGUAUUCAAAGUCCCUGCUGCAAUGCGUCAAAACUCCAAAAUGAAAGUAGAUCAACUUAAAUACGAUGUCAGGCAUUUACAGACUGCAUUAAACACCUAUCAACAAAAAAGACAACGACGUGAAAUGGAAGAAACUGAGCGAGAACAACUUCUUACGCGAAGAUUUCAAGCAAAUGCAGAAACGGCGAUUGAUCUUGAUUAUUCCCUUCAACAUCAUACACAAAUGAACAACGCUCAUCAAGGUGUCGAUGAGAUGCUUUCGACUGGUAGCAACAUUCUUGAUAGUUUAAGAAAUCAACGUGAAUUAUUAAAAGGAGCCAGGAAUAAAAUGAUGUCUGUAGGAAAUACGUUAGGACUUUCUGAUCAUACAAUGAGACUAAUUGAGAGACGUAUCAAAGAAGAUAAAUAUGUAAUGCUAGCCGGCAUGCUUGUAACACUUUUUAUCAUAGGAUUAGUGAUUCAUUUUCUCCUUUAACUUUCUUUUAUUUUAAAUAAAACAUUUAAAUUGAUAAACUUAC